AUGGCACACUUACCACCAAGGGCGCCUAACAUGACACAAAAUUGGCCUGAUUUUUCGCUUCAUCAAAAAAUGGAUAACUUAGCUCCGUCCGCUCAUAAUUUAUGGGCGGACGAAUUCCUCGACAUGUCGUCGAGGCGUGGGUCCCACCGGAGAUCAAUGAGUGACUCCAUUGCUUUUUUGGAGUCGCCCAUGGUCGAAGAAUGCCGGAGGCUAUCCAGUACUACUCCGGGAUCCGGUGGGACCACUAACGGUCACGAGGAAUUCGAGAGAUUCGAAGACGAACAACAGAUCAUGUCCAUGUUUAACGACGACGUCCACGACAUGUCGUGUUCCAACCCGUCAUCGCCGUCCGAUUACAUCAACGUUAAUGAAGAUAAAAAGAUGAACGGCCCUGAUCAGAUGAUGAUGCAGCUUAAGAGUGAUCAAAAUGAGGAAGUUGAAAGCUCAUGCAAGACUAAUGAGGAAUUAGCCACAGCUAAUCAAAAUGCAAGUACUAACAAUAUUGAAUAUUCUUCUGAAAGAGUUGUUGAUCCCAAGAGAAUUAAAAGGAUACUGGCAAAUAGACAAUCAGCGCAAAGGUCGAGGGUGAGGAAACUACAGUACGUAUCGGAGCUCGAACGUAGUGUUAGCACUCUUCAAGCUGAAGUUUCUGUUCUAUCACCAAGAGUUGCAUUUUUGGACCAUCAACGUUUAUUGCUAAAUGUUGACAAUAGUGCCCUCAGGCAAAAAAUUGCAGCUCUAGCCCAAGAUAAAUUGUUUAAAGAUGCUCAUCAAGAAGCAUUGAAAGUGGAAAUAGAGAGGUUGAGGCAAAUUUAUUACCAACAGAACAUGAAGCAGCAAAUGGACAACAACACUACACCACUUGCUGAUUCAACUAAUACUCCUCCUGAGAUCAAAGUACAACUUAGUGUCAAUUAGGAAAGCUAGACUAUCUGAUGGCAUUUAGCAAAAUUCAUGUGGGAAAAUCUCCUUUAUCUGACAAGAUAAGAUCACUGAAUCGAUCUCUCAUAUUUUCUGGGACCAUAAAAAUCUUAUUUUACUAUUUAGUCAAUGUUU